CUAAUCACCAAAACCCUUUCGGAGCAGAUCGCUCGAAAACCUAAACAGUAUCCGAUCGUCAUCAUCUCCAGAGCAGUCGCCAUGGUCAAGUCUAAGAAAGAAUCCGUUAAAAAAGUCGAAGCAGCACCUGUCUCAACGACGAAGCCAUCGAAGAAAAGUAAGAGAGAUGCGGAAGUUGAUCUAGACAUCAAAAAGAAUCCCAAGAAGCAGAAGAAAGAGGUGGUUCAAGCUGAGAAAAAGGCACCACCACCAAAGAAGGUAGAGACCAGCAGUAGUAGUUCUGAUUCUGAAGAAGAAGUCAAGACUAAGAAAGCCAUUGCCAAGAAACCUCUAUCUAAGAAGGAUGACUCAUCUUCAUCUUCGGAUGAGGAGGCUGUCACUGUGAAGAAGAAGCCAGCAACCCUUAAGAAAGCCAAGGCAGAGAGCAGCUCAUCUGACGAUUCUUCUUCUUCUUCAGACGAGGAAGCCGCCCCUCCGAAGAAGCAACCAGCAGUUGUUACGAAAGCCAAGGCAGAGAGCAGCUCAUCUGAGGAUGAUGAAUCUUCUUCAGACGAGGAAGUCGUCCCUGCUAAGAAGCAGCCAGCAGUUGUUAAGAAAUCCAAGGUAGAGAGCAGCUCAUCUGAGGAUGAAUCUUCUUCAGACGAGGAACCAGCAGUUGUUAAGAAAGACAGCUCAUCCGAAGAAGAAUCUUCUUCAGACGAGGAAUCCGUCCCUGCGAAGAAGCAACCGACGACUACUCUAAAGGCUGCCAAGGCAGAGAGCAGUUCAUCAUCGGAGGAUGAAUCUUCUUCUGACGAGGAAUCUGCCCCUCCAAAGAAGCAACCAACAGUUGUCAAGAGUGUCAAGCCAGCUGCAAAAGAUUCAUCAUCCUCAGAGGAUGAAGACUCAGAAGAUGAGAAGAAAAAGGAACCUGCUACAAAGAAGCUUCCAGCUGCUGCUAAAACCAAAUCAGAUUCAUCAGAGGAAGAUUCUGAUGAUGAGGAAAGUGAUGAUGAGAAACCUCCUACAAAGAAGGCUAAAGUUUCUCCAACAAAAACUUCUAAACAAGAAAGCAGCAGUGGCGAAUCUAGUGAGGAGGAGAGUGAAGAUGAGAAAGUAGUUCCAAAGAAAAAGGAUACUGAUGUUGAAAUGGCAGAGGCAGAGCAGAAAUCAGAGGCAAAACAACCGAAGACGCCAACUACUCAGAGACCAACCACUCAGGCUCGAGGAGGAUCAACUACACUAUUUGCUGGAAAUCUUCCCUUUCAAAUUGAGAAAUCUGACGUAGAGAAUUUCUUCAAAGAAGUUGGUGGAAUCGUCGAUGUCAGAUUUGCUUCACAUCCAGAUGGCCGUCUUAAAGGAUACGGGCAUUUUGAGUUUGCUUCUGCAGAAGCAGCUCAGAAGGCAUUGAAACUGAUGAAUGGUAAACCAUUACUAGGCCGCACUAUUAGGCUAUCUGAUGCUAACGCCAAGCCUGCUCCACGAAGCAGCAAUGCUGAUGGCAACUUCCAGAGCAACCGCAAAGGAGAAGGAAGCCAAGUUAAAACGAUUUUUGUUUCAAAAUUCGAUAAGUCUGUGGCUGAACGUGAUAUGAGAUGUGCGUUGAGAGAGCAUUUUAGUGAUUGUGGAGAGAUCACAAGGAUUUCUCUACCUUGUGAUCAAGAGACUGGUGCUACCAGGGGGAUGGCUUAUCUAGAUUUUAUCAACGAGGAUGGAUUCAACAAGGCAUUGGAACUAAACGGAAGUGAACUGGGAGGAUGGAACAUAUUGGUGCUCGAGGGUAAACCAAGAGGAUGGAAUUCUGAUGGAAAUAAUGAUGGUGAUCGUUUCACAGCUACUAGGCCCGGUCGUCGCCCCCCUGGAAGAGGCACUCCUGGUCGUAGCCGCCCUGGAAGAGCUCCUCCUGGUCGUGGUGACCGUAGAACACCCAGCAAACCAAGUGUAUUUGCUUCAGCAGAAGGGAAGAAGAUCGUCUUUGAUGAUUAGUGAAAAAGCUUGGCUCUUCUUAUAUUCUAGUAUCUUUCAGCCCUUUUUUAGUUUAUGAGAAAAACUCUAAAGCUUAUAUGGUGAUUUGGUUACUCUUGGAUUUAGUUUUGUUUUUGUUUGCCUAAAGUUUUGCUGGUGUGACAUUUUUACUUUGGUAGAAACUUUUAAUGAAUUGCUUAAACUCAUGGCUCGUUUUA